GUAAAAAUCAUGAUUAAUUGUUGUGAUCAACCAUUUUCAAUAGACUGAAGAUGAACCUCGAAACGGUUUUGAUGCUCUAAUCUAUUGUGCGUUUUGGUGUUUCGGCGCCAAAUCCCAUUUACACGCGCACGUACCUUCUAUUCUUCUCCCUGUUUCUAGAUAAAACCUAGGCAAAGAAAACAACAAAUCGAUUCCCUUUUCCCCUUUUCGAUCUUCAAAUCGAUGCAUAUCUAAACAGUUUUCUCUCUCUAACUUCUUCUCUUUGAUCUAGAGGGAGAAAGUGGAGAGAGAGGGAGGAAAUGGCGAUGGUUGAUCAUCAAUCCAAAACCUGCGUUGUUCUCGGAGGUAGAAGCUUUGCUGGGAGAUGUCUUGUUGUGAGAUUAUUGAAGCUAGGUAAUUGGAUCGUUCGAGUUGCCGGUUCCGCUCACUCCCUUCAGCUUGAUCCUUCCGAUCACGAUUACGACUUGCCUUUGAACCGUGCUCUCUCUACUGGCCAUGCUUCUUAUUUCCAUGUUGAUGUGCGCAGCAGAAGAUCCGUCAUCAAUGCUAUCGAAGGUUCAUCAGUUGUGUUCUACAUGGAUGAAGAUGAUUCCUGCAAUCUUGAUUUCUAUUCUGGGUACACAGUAAUUGUUCAAGGUGUGAAAAACGUCAUCAGUGCUUGUCGGGAACGCAAAGUUAAACGAUUAAUAUACCAAAGUACUGCAGACGUAGUGUUGGAUGGUUUGCAUGAUAUACAUAAUGGAAAUGAGAGACUUUUAUAUGCUACAAAAUUUAAGAACGUAUAUAGUGAACUUAAGGCUCAAGCAGAGGCACUUGUUUUGCAUGCUAAUGAUAUGGAUGGCCUUGUUACAUGUGCUCUUCGCCCUACCAAUGUUUUUGGACCUGGAGACAAUCACCUUUUGCCAUCUUUGGUUGAUGUUGCAAAAUCUACUUGGGCUAAGGGCGUGUUUGGUUUGUGGAAUCUGGUGGAAAUGGAAUUCGAGAUUCCAUUCCAUGGAAGUGAUGGAAGCAUGUCUGACUACACCUAUGUGGAAAAUGUCGCCCAUGCCCUUAUCUGUGCAGAAGCUGCUUUGUGCUCUCGCAUGGUUGUUGUUUCUGGAAAGGUAUUUUUCAUCACUAAUCUUGAGCCAAUGGGCUCUUGGGAAUUUUCCUUACGUAUACUGGAGGGGUUAGGUUAUUUCAGGCCAAUGGUCAAACUUCCUCCUGUGGUUGUCAAUUUGAUUGUUUAUCUCAUUAAAUGGAUGCAUUCAAAUACAAACUCAAGAAACAUAACCCAACAACACCUUGAAUACUCACCUGUUAUCUCACUGGAUGAAGGUAUCACAUCAACCAUUGAAUCAUUCUCCCAUUUAGCAAAAGGCUCAGCUUCCACAAUUUAUGAUGUACUUAAUGAACAAUCAAAAAUGGAGGAACUACUAGGUGGUGGGGAAGUUGCAGCGAUUUUGUUAUGGAGAGAUGAGAGGAAAUCAUUCGUAUGCUUUUGUGGAGUGGUUUCUGUGUUCUACUGGUUUUUUCUUUCUGAAAGAACAAUUGUCUCAUCUAUUGCUCUGAUGCUAUUGGUUAUCACAAUUUUUCUAUAUGGACAUGCUUCAUUCUCUGAUGCAAAUCCCCAAAUGUCUACUCAACUUUCUAGGUAUUUACAUUUUGAGGUCUCUGAAACUGGUAUGAAGAGUUGUGUGAAAGUUAUAGCAAACAUUUGGAAUGAAGUAGGUCGUGUUACUAGAUCAUUGGCACAAGGAAAAGACUGGAAUUUGUUUUCAAAGGUAGUAGCUUCGCUUUAUCUUUUCAAGUUGCUUAUUGUCAACUCUUUCCCCAACUCAUUGGGAGUAGCGUUGGCUUUUUCGUUUAUUAUGUUCUUUGUUUACGAGCAAUACGAAGAGGAAAUUGAUGGCAUAAUAGGGAUUUUAGUGGAGCUUGUGAGACAGUUAAUGGUAUUUGUGAUGAGUCAUCUACCCUUGAUAUCUGCUCUACAUAAAACCACCACUAGAUCUUCAAUGAGAUAAAUGUAUUAGAUAUCUGUUCUUUCAAAUUAUCCAAAGUUUGGAAGAUUAUGAGAUAUUUUAGCAACAAAUAAUCAUUCUGUAGACCUUUUUUUUUUUCUUCAAGUUUCUUGCAAAUAUGAGAAUUGUGUUGGAUUGAACUGGUUGGAUAACAUGAUAGGUUAAAAGUUCUGACUAAACUUGACUUUGCAUGACCAUUGUUUUCUUUGAAUUUCAUAUAUUGUCUG